AUGUCUUGGCUGCUCGAUUUGUUUGCUUGCAUCCUUGCAGCUUCUCUUGCUGUAUUCAUACGCUCCUAUUAUCGGUCAAAGUUGCUACCACCAGGUCCGCCUGGUCAUUGGCUAUUCGGGAAUGAGAUCCCCACUAAGCGAGCUUUUUUGAAGUACGAAGAAUGGACAAAGGAGUAUGGCCCGGUUUAUUCGCUGACUAGGUUUGGAAAGGUGUACAUCGUCGUUGGUCGAUAUGACGCCGCUAUGGAAAUAAUGGAGAAGGGUGGAUCACAGACGUCGGACAGACCAAGGUCUAUUGCCGGAUCUGAGACGUUUUCUGGAGGUCUAAGGUCGAUUAUGCUGAAUGAUACGCCGAGGUGGAGAAUCCUGUACAGGCUAGUUAUCCAUCUUGACGAGCACGAAGCUUACGCUAACGUAUUAUUCAUUAGGGCUUUUCAUUCACACUGGAAGACCGACAAGGCAGCGGCCUACGAGCCCCUACAGCUACAUCAUGCAAAGAAGCUGAUUCUCAGUAUCCUUGAUAAUCCGGUGGGACUUACAAUGCACGCAAAUACAUAUGCGGCAUCUGUGAUAUUUACCCUGACAUAUGGGAAAACGACACCGACGACUCUUGAUGAUCCCGAUUUGCAGGAUAUGGUUCGAGAUUCACGACGUUUUCGCAUGGUAAUUCUCCCUGGGGCUUACCUCGUAGAUACCAUUCCGAUUCUUCGAUGGGUUCCUGGGUAUCUUGCCGAGCUGAAGAGGUGGCAUCAAGAUUCACUUGUGUUAAUCCGUCGGUGUUUGGGCAGGAUUCAAACGAGAAUGGACGCUGGGGAAGACGCUGCGUAUCUUGCGGGGGCAAUGUUUGGUGCUGGAUCGAAUACGACUGCGGCUGCACUAACGUUUAUUGUCAUGACGGCUGCCUGUUUUCCUGAUGCGGUAAGGGUUGUACAGAAAGAGAUUGAUGAAGUGGUUUCUGGUGAUCGAUGUCCGACGUUCCAGGAUAGAGAGCGGCUUCCGCAGGUUAUGGCAUUUGUCUAUGAGUGCUAUAGAUGGCGGCCGUUGGUGCCAAGUGGAAUUGCGCAUGCCGCUAAUCAGGAUUUUAUAUGGAAAGGCUACGUUAUUCCCAAAGGAGCUACCAUUGUCGCUUCGCCUUGGUCAAUUUUCCGUUCACCCGAUUUCUUUCCUGAUCCCGAAAAUUUUGAUCCUCAACGAUGGAUCGUUGAUGGAAAAUUGAGAGAAGAUAUAAAACAAUUCGUUUAUGGGUUCGGUAGAAGGAUUUGUCCCGGAGCACGCAUUGCAAAUAGGUCGCUGUUCAUUAAUACCGCGCUUCUUUUCUGGGCUUUUGAUAUUGUUGAUACCGCGAAGAUGGACCCCAAUGCGUUCGCUGAUGAGCCGGGGAUGUAUCCCGACAAUUCUGGGGUACGCUUUGAUUUGCGGGCAGGGAAGGAAAAAGAGGAUUGGGUUAGGUCGUUGAUGGCUCAGUGAGCCCUCGGAACAACGGGGCCCGGGCAUACGAGAUAUAGAUGUCAUGGGAAGAGCACAAACAAUUUGAAUGAUAAAAAGGAAUAGUAUAUCAACGUAAAAGUAUGAUAUACGAGAAUAUAGAAAGUCGCCGUCAAAAGGGUUGUAGCUUUGGGGAGA